CUGCCGCCCACCGCGCGAAUCCCGCCUGCGGGAAGGGCCGGGCCGGCCGGGCGGUGGGCGGGCGCCCCGCGGCUCCUCAUAAAGCGCUGCCCGGCGGCGGCGGCGAGUAGAGCUGGCUCAGUUGCAGCCCGGAGCCAGUGGUGCAGAUCCGCCCUUUAACGGGAGGCUUCGGUGCGGCAGCAGCAUGACUUCGGCGGCGCUGGAGAUUUUGGGGCUGGGGCUGGGCAUCCUGGGCUGGGUCGGGGUGAUCCUUGCCUGCGGACUGCCCAUGUGGCAGGUAUCGGCCUUCAUCGACGUGAACAUCGUGGUGGCGCAGACCAUCUGGGAAGGGCUGUGGAUGACCUGCGUGGUGCAGAGCACGGGGCAGAUGCAAUGCAAGGUGUACGACUCUAUCCUGGCGCUGCGGCCCGAGCUGCAGGCGGGCCGGGCGCUCACCGUCAUCGUGGGGCUGCUGGGGCUGGUGGCGCUGAUGGUGACCGUGGUGGGUGCGCAGUGCACCAACUGCAUCCGACCCGGCAAGAUGAAGUCCCGCAUCGUGGUCGCCGGCGGGGCCAUCUAUGUCCUCUGCGGGGUCCUGGUCCUCGUCCCGCUCUGCUGGUUCGCCAACAUCGUUAUCAGCGACUUCUAUGACCCCACCGUGCCGUCGUCCCAGAAGCGGGAGAUGGGGGCCGCGCUCUACAUCGGCUGGGCGGCCACGGCUCUGCUGCUCUUCGGGGGCUGCCUCAUCUGCUGCUGCUCCUGCUCCCAGCGCGAUGAGACCUCCUUCCCCGUCAAGUACUCGGCGCCGCGGCGGCCCACAUCCAACGGCGAGUACGACAAGAAGAACUACGUCUGAGCGGAGCUGUCCCGCUCGCCGCCCCGGCCCUGCGGGGACAAGGACAGACUGCUGAGGGCCGUCCGGUGAGGUUCGGCGCUACCCUGCCUGGCGGCGCUUCUUAUCGGGGACCCCCAUAAAGCGGCAGCCCUAGGCAGGGCGGCGCCCUGCUGCCCGCCGGCCCGGUGGGUCCGGCAGCUCUGCAGCUGGCAGCGCCGAGCCCGGUACUGACCGCCCGCGGUGCCGGGGUGAGCCAAGCCCUCCCUGGCCGCACAGCGGAACCGGCGGCUUCCCGGCUCGGGGCGGCGUUGGGGACCCAGGAGCCCGGCCGAACCGCGGCGAAGUCUGCCGGGACGCCCCGUCCUGGGUCCCGCCGCCGCACCCGGCCCUUCCCUGGCGUUACCGUGGGGGACUCGUGAGUACUUCACCGCCUGCUCCCGCUGCUGGUGUCUCUCGGGGCGCCUCCAGGCCGGUGGGAUCGUGCCGCCGGGAGUGCACUGCCGCAGAAGCUUCCCGUCUUCGUUUUCUCUGCUGAAAACCUGCCUCUGGGUGCUUCCGCUGGGACUUUCACUGGUUAGAGGGGGAUUGUUCUUGUAUUUAGAUAACUAAACUAGGGAUUCUGUCUAAAGCAUGAGACUAACCUUAGUCUUUAAUCCCGCAGGCAAGUAACUGUUUUGAGAAAGGUAUUUGGUUUCCUUCAAGUUGUUUCAGUGCAUUGUGUCUUUGAAGCCUUUCAAAGAGGUUUCAGGUAAUUGCUGUCGUUUAGUGGAGUACAAACCAGAUUACACUAGGUUCUUCAUCCCUUGAGGUUCUUCAUCUCUUCUCCCUCAACUUCUGUUCUGUUUUUACUUGAAUAUGAACUCAUUGCCAGAAUGAUUGGAGGACUAGAUUCGGAGACGUAAGAGAUCUUUGUAUGUUCUGCCUCCCACGGAGCAUCCCUCUGCAGCCUCUCAUCUGCACUACAGGAGACUGGAAACAAAAAUCACCCCAGAUGUUAAUGGCUGGGUGCACGAACUCAUGUCCUUCUCACCAAGCCCCACUUGCCGCCAGUGUUGAACUGUGUGCUCAGUUGGAUGUGCACUUGCUUGGCUCCCCACUGUAACUUUGUUAACAUGUGCUUUCCUUCAUUUACCAAAUGAGGCAAAGAAAUUGCUAGAAAAAUUUUAUCAAAUAUCUUGAUGGAGACUUUACGCAGGCUGAUUGGGAGAUGUGAAGUUCUGGCUCUCUCAGCUCCUCCGUAUGGCCCUCAGAACACUGUGCAGGCUCGAAGGAAGAUGCUCUAGGCAACAUAAUGCUUAUUUUCUGAGCUCAGCACCUGCUGGAUUUCAGCACAGCCUGGAAUAUUAGCACACACCUUUGCAUUUUACAUUGCAGAGACAGGUUUUUCUGAAGGAGGAGUUAAUGGGUGGUCCAGUGUUCCUCCAUGCAGAUUACUUGUACUUUUAAACCAACACAGAAUUCUGCUACAGAUAGUGGCAGCAUCUGUAUUGCCAUAAGAUUUCCGCCAAGAGCUAGCAAAGAAAAGUGCUGUUCCUAUUCCUCAGAGCACACUACAACCUCUUGGGUCUCUCACAGCCAUGUAGCAAUCAGUGCACCUCUAACCUAAGAGUCAACUCUUACAACUUCCUGAUAACAUCAAGAUUUAUGGACUAACCGUAACUGUGUGUUUGUGACAGAUCUACACCAACGGUGUUGUUGCCUUGCUUAGCAAACUUAAACCCCUGGUGGUAUCAAUAUGAACACAUACCUGAAUAAGAAACUGCAACCCUGCCCCUGCAAAUUUUGAUGUUGAAUAUGGAGGACAUGAUUCACCCCUUUAAAUAUCACUGCUUUAAUUUUUAAACACAUAAGCAGCAGGGUCUGAGCCCAUCAGAAAACAAUAUGCCUACAACUAGUUUUGUUCUAUAAAGAGGUGCAACUCUUAUACUGUCUGCAUUUAAAUAAAAGCUAUAAUUUUUUUUUGUGAUAUGUAAUUUUGGUACAAAAAUGAAAUAUUCUGUAUUUCAUCAUUGCAAGUUUUUUCUUUUUUUUUAAACAGUGUAACCCUGUAAACUGUAAAUGUAUUUAAAUGCAUUUAUUUAGCAAGAAAUCCACCAAAGUUGGCUUGUUAAAUGGUUUGGUGCCUUUAUUUGUUUCAUGGUUACUUUACUUUUUAUUUUAAACGAUAAUGUUUAACUGUAUUUGUCACCUAUCCCAUAGACUCCCUUGCUCAAAUCACUUGUGUCUAGCGAAUGAUUCAACAGGUAUUAGCCCAAAUCCGAGAUCUCACUCUCUGGUCUUAAGUUAAAGACCAAAAAAGCAAUCCCCACCAACUGACACACCUGCAUGUAUGUGUAUAGCAGAGCUUUCAGAAGUGCUACAGGGCUUGGGCUCUGACCAAAAAGUGAAAGCACAUCCCUGGCAUCUAAAAUCACACCAAAACUGGUGUUCUGGGGAGGAGGGAAACCCACACCUUAGAAGGGAAUUUGUUUUUAAGAAGCCAAAUUUCAGGAGAUGGAGCUUUGUGUCGCAGCAGGGCUGGAACCUCUUAGAACCAAAAUCUGAAGUAACUACACCGCAAGACCUCUUGGAAGAAACCAGUGCUAACUGUGGAUGUACUGAUAAACAUAGCAUCAUCCUACCAAACCCAUACCUCACUGCUGAUGUGACAAGGUUUAUGCUGAGGUCAGUGGGGCAGCUUGCAACAGCACCAGCAGGAAGUAGGGCCCAUUUUAAAAAAUGCUUCUAUAUUUAAUCUCAUCCUUCAGUAGACUUACUUGUUGAUGUGCUUUAAAAAACAACUGGGAAGAACUCUGUUACUGAUGUCACUGGCUUCAGGAUAAAAGUCUAAGCUGGUUUUUGCUGUUUUGUUUUCUAAGAACAAAGACCUAAUCCAGAACUUUCAAUACUUGGAAGUGCUCAGGAUCAGGCCUGAACCUCAUCCCGAUGAAAAGAGAAAUCUAUAGCACUUGUUUACUAUUUUUAUUUUGUAUUUAUGAUUUCACAUAAAAAUAAAACCAUCUAAACCAA